GAGAAAUGGAAUUUAACAACUCGAGAACAUAUCCUGGGCCAAAAUAUGGCACUUCGCCUUCGAAGACGACAAAUAAAUCAUCACAGGUAUUCGCUCUUUGUCAAGAGUACUUUGAGCAGCUGAAUACAGAAAAAAUUGAGGAAAAGUUUGAGAAAUUAAAGGAAUAUUUAAGCAAGCCUGAUGAAGAUGAGACCCCUGAAAUUCCUAUUGAAAAGUACACAGAGUAUUACCUCAAGCAGAGGUAUGCAUUAUCGUCGGAGAAGCUAGCCUGCCAGGACCCUCUUGGAUUUGGCACAUUUGCAAGUGUACAUGAAGUUGAUAGGAUUUUUGAUUAUAAAAUCUAUAAUGUGGAAGAGACACAGAUUACUACAAGUCUAGCUGCUAAAAGAUCUAAUAAAUCAAAGAAUAGCCUUAGUGGUAUUAUAAGAAGAGAUAUAUCAGCAGAGAUUAAGCAGCUUGAGAAAGAACUAGCCAAACAGACUAAAGCCAAUAAAGCAAUACUGAAAAAUAUCAAAUGAGAGACUGAUAAAAAGAGAGUUGGCAACGAAAUCGAGCCAAAACCUGACAGCACUCACAACUUGCUUUACCUUAAACUCACCGUUGAAAAACUUGAGCUCAAACAAAUUGCUGAAAGCCUUGUACAAGUCUACUCGAGAAGACUUCUAAACAAGAAGAAAGGCAAAGCCUCCUAUAAGCCCACGUAUGAAUACAAGAUUUUGUUCGAUGAGUCCGUCAGAAUUCCUCCUCUGUGGGUCAACCAAGAGAUUUUGGCCAUGCUUAAUGGGGCCAAAACCUCACCUUUGACUGGUAUAAAUGAGAUUAAGGCAGAUGGGAAGAAGAGAGAUAUUAAGAAAUAUUGGAAGCAAACUGAAGAGAAUGGCAGUGAGUAUGGGUUUUGCCACCAAUGUAAGCAGAAUAAGCCGAAGGUUAUAUUAGCAAGUUGUAGUUAUAAUUCAGCUGAUUAUGGCCAUGCUGUCCCAUCCUUCAUGCUAGUCAAGAACAUCAAGGCGUUUAAUGUAGAACCGUACAAUACUCAAGCUAUAAAUUAUGCUAUUGCAAAUUGUGGUUUCAAGUCGAAAUAACUCUUGAAUUCAAACAGGGUCUAAUAUUAAUGACUCACAUUGUCAAACGAUGCAAGGACAAUUUUGCUCCCAGAAAGAAAAAUUGGAUAGAAAAUAAGACCAAAAUUUCAAGGAACAAAAGAAACAAGUGAGGUAGUGACAAGAAAUCAACUGGUGUUUAUAACCAAGACAUGGAGUCGUCAAAAUCUAAUAAGAAGAUAGCUUCACAUCACAAUGCUAAUUUUGAGUAUUACGAGUGCAACAGAAUGUACUGCAGUUUUUGUCUUAAAAUUUACUACGAUCUAUCUCUAAGCGACUGUAAAUCUAAUUGGAUAUGACCAUUCUGCCAAGGUAUUUGCCACUGCUCAAGAUGCACUCGCCAGGACCAACUAGUUAAGAUGAAAGCUCUGUUAUUUAGUGAAGGUGGGAACCUUGAUCACUUAUUCGAAUCACCGAACAAGAUACACCAAAUAAUCGCUGAAAACUACGUUCGGACUGAGAAACUGAUGUAUAACAUCACAGAUGAGGGCCAGAAACCUCCUUCACCCAUAAAGCCAGUGAAGAAAAGUGUACAACUGAACUUCGCAUGCGACUCAACUUCUGAAUCCCUACAGGCUAGUGGUUGCACUACAGUGGCACAAGAGCUUCAAGAGCUAGAGGAAAAGCGGGACAGAAUCGUGAAAAUGCUUGAAAGCGUCAAGAAGAUCAAGCAAGAUGAGAAGUAUGUCCUCGGUGGCCCUGGCGGCCAGGCCAGGGCCACCGAGGCUCUUAAAAUAGCUCAGAGCUUGGUUAAGAAAGCUUAA